AUGCUUGAGACUUUGGCAAAACGGGUGGAUUCGACCGAGAAGAAGGUUGAGACGUAUAACUCUCGGGUGGAUCAGAUACCGGGGGCUCCGCCUUUGCUGAAGGGGCCGAAUUCUAAAAGGUACAUCCAAAGGCCUUUUCCACCAAGUGCGGCCCCGAAACUAAUCCCAAAGAGGUUCAGAAUGCCCGACAUCCAGAAAUACGACGGCACCACCGACCCACACGAGCACGUGACCUCAUAUGCCUGCGCCAUAAAGGGCAAUGAUAUGGAAGAAGACGAAAUUGAAUCGGUACUGCUAAAAAAGUUUGGGGAAACUCUGUCAAAGGGAGCGCUGACGUGGUAUGACCAUCUACCCGAACACUCGAUCACUUCGUUCGAAAUGCUGGCUGACGCCUUCGUGAAGGCGCAUGCCGGUGCCAUCAAGGGCGCAGCCCGGAACGGAUGGAAUUACCCCGGUGCCGAAGAAUGGGCCGCACAAAGCUUUCACGAAGGGGCUCAAUAUGCUAAGCUCGGUUGCCUCGGCCAAAUGAAGGAAAACUUGCUAGAAUACGAGGCCGUAACAUGGGCCGAUGUCCACAAUCGAUAUGAGUCGAAGAUUCGGGUAGAGGAUGACCAGCUCGAGCUCUCUCCGGUAAAGUCAAAGAUGAGCAGAAGCUUCGAGAAACCGAGGAGGGGUUACGAAGCAAAGUCCGAAUCGGCUAAAGAAAGGUUUCGGCCAUACUCGCACCCGGAGCGAUCAAGUUUCAAAACGGAAAAAUCAAGGGAAGGCCCGAGCCACCUCUCCGGUCGAGGUAGCAGAAUGGACACGCGCCCGCUAAACAGCCGGGGGCCCUCGUUCAGGGGCGAUACCGGGAGUUCAACCAACAAUAAAGGUCCUCCAAGGAUUUCGGAGUACAACUUCAACGUCAGUACCUCGGAUCUUGUCUCGGCGGUCGGUCGUGUUUCGGAUGUUCGGUGGCCAAAGCCACUAAGGACGGAUCCGGGGCAACGGGACCCGAGCGUGGUUUGUGAGUAUCACGCAACCCACGGUCACAAAACUGAGGAUUGCCGCCAGUUGAGAGAAGAGGUAGCCCGAUUGUUGAAAAACGGCCACCUCCGAGAUUUAUUGAGUGAACGAGCCAAAAGCCAUUACAAGGAGAGAGAAGUUCAUCGAAGGGUCGAACCGGUCGAACACCAGCAUGUGAUCAAUAUGAUAGUCGGGGGGAUUGACGUCCCUAGGUGUCCGGUAAUGAAGCGGACUAAGAUUUCCAUCGUUCGGGAAAAGCGUACCCGAGAUCAUUUAUCCGGAGCUUCCAUCUCCUUCGACGACGCGGACGCAGGCGUCAUUCAACCACACAAUGACGCAUUGGUAAUUUCGUACUUAUCUUUAAAACUAUGGUUAAACGUAUCUUGA